CCCGAGACCUGGAAAACGGCUCUGGACUGCCCGCGAUUUCCCAGUCUAUCAGGUUGCACUUUGAGGAGGAUGGCACUGUCGCGGGGAGCCAGCAACACGGACCCGGUCCCGGACCCGGACCCGGACCCGGACGAUAUCCGGCCUCUCAAGCCGUGUCUGCUGCGCCGCAACCACAACCGCGAUCAGCACGGCGUGGCGGCCUCCUGCCUCGAGGAGCUGAGGCGCAAAGCUUGCGAAGUACUGGCCAUUGAUGAGUCCCUGACACCAGUCACCCUGGUCCUGGCAGAGGACGGCACAAUAGUGGACGAUGACGACUACUUCCUUUGUCUCCCUUCCAAUACCAGGUUUGUGGCAUUGGCCUGUAAUGAAAAGUGGACGUAUAACAAUUCGGAUGGAGGAACAGCCUGGGUUUCCCAAGAGUCCUUUGAUGCCGACGAAACAGACAGCGGAGCCGGGGUGAAGUGGAAGAAUGUGGCCAGGCAGCUGAAAGAGGACCUGUCCAGCAUCAUCCUGUUCUCAGAAGAGGACCUCCAAGUGCUCAUUGACAUCCCGUGUUCAGAACUGGCUCAGGAGCUUUGCCAAAGCUGUGCCACUGUGGAACGGCUCCAGGACGCGCUCCAGGAGGCGCUUGACCAGAGAGAGGAGGCCCGCCAGUCCAAGCAGCUCCUAGAACUGUAUCUCCGGGCCUUGGAGAAGGAGGGCGCCAUCUUCUCCAACCAGGAAGAGCCCAAAGCCGCCCUCGGUGGAGAAGUGGAUGCGGUGGACACGGGCAUCAGCAAAGAGAUGGCUUCCGAAGUGGCACUUACAAGCCAGAUCCUCACUGUGCUGAAGGAGAAGCCUGCCCCAGAGCGGUGCUUAUCUAGUCAGGAUUUGGAGGAAUGUCUCGGUGGGGAGGGAUCCUCUGCCUGAGGAACAGCAGAGCCCCAAACGCCCCAGACAAGACCCCAAGUAGCUCCACCGGAAGCACGCUUUGCUGAGGAAGCCCUUGGUUUUGUUAGCAGUGAACAACCUCCCUUCCCACUGUACUGCCUCCGCGCUGCUCUACCUCCUGCCUUCCAGGAUGCUGUUGUAGCAGAGGUGGCCACGCCCUCCAGAAAGGCCGCUCAGUGUCCUUCUAUGUAGGGGAAGCCCCCCCAGCCAAUCACCUUGCUUGUAGGGCGGGGUCCCCUGAGGAUAUUUCUUACUAAUAAAUAUUCCUGGUGUGCUCCCCGCCUUCCCUUUUGCUUUCCUGUUCUUCGCCGGGAACCUUGGUUCUGUAAGUCUUUUAAUUAUU